UGCUCUAAAUAUCAAGACAGCAACUUGCCUAGCACGGAAGGAGCUCAUGUUAAAUACAACGGCACUCUUGUUUAUAUGACCAGAAUGGAUUAUGGACGUGUAUGCUUUGCUUUUAAAUACAUACUCUAAAUAUAUUCGAAACAGUAACAACAAUAAUACAUUAAUUCAGGAUGUUUCACCGCGAACAAAGGCGCAGAUGGGAGUGCUGGUGGAUUGCUGUACAUUUGUCUUUGCUGGUUUUCAUUUCGGAGCACGUCUCAGCUCAGAUAAGCUACUCUUUUCCGGAGGAGGUGAACGAGGGAUACGAAAUAGGGAAUGUUGCAAAGGAUUUGGGCCUUGAUAUCACUACACUGGUGGACAGACGGUUUCGUGUGGUUUCUGCAUCUGCUGAUGCUUAUUUUGAGGUAAAUCAGAACAAUGGGGUACUGACUGCCCUUAAGAAAAUCGACAGAGAGAUGAUUUGUGAGGAGAGUUCUGUAUGCACAAUGAAUGUAAAAAUUGCUGUGGAAAAUCCGUUUGAGAUUCAUUAUGUCGUUGUAGAAAUUGUCGACAUUAAUGAUCACGGUCCCCAUUUUCCUGAGAAAGAGCAGCAUUUCGAAAUAGCUGAAAAUACUCUAGCUGGGGCGCGUUUCGAACUCCAAAACGCACGUGACCCCGAUGUAGGGAGCAAUUCAAUUCGCCUCUAUAAACUUGAGAAAAAUAAUUAUUUUGAAAUGGAAAUGAGGGACAGUGAGGAAGAAGAGAAAAUUGCAGUGCUAGUGUUACAAAAGCCAUUAGACAGAGAACAAAAUACAAAGCACAAUUUAAUUUUGACCGCGCUGGAUGGAGGAAAUCCUCCCAAAAUAGGCAUAUUAAACAUUACUGUCACUGUUCUUGAUAUUAAUGACAAUCGCCCAGUUUGUAGUAAAGACGUGUAUCAUGUGACUCUAAGAGAAAAUAGUAAAGUAGGCACUUCUGUAGUACGAGUUAAUGCAACGGAUUUGGACGAGGGAUUGAAUGGGGAUGUUUUGUAUUCAUUUGGCAAAACUACUCGACGCAACGUUCACGACACAUUUAAACUUGAUAUCAACACCGGGGAAAUACAAAUAAAAGAGCCUGUUGACUUUGAAGAAAAUGAAGUUUACAGACUUAACAUACAGGCAUCAGAUAGAGGCCAACCGCCCAUGACAACAGAUUGUAGAGUCAUUAUAAAAAUAACUGAUGAGAAUGACAAUUACCCAACAAUAGAGGUAACAUCACUUUUUAAUAUUGUACCUGAAGACUCAAAACCAGGUUCUGUUAUUUCUUUGAUUAGUGUUACAGAUAAAGACAUGAGUAUGAAUGGUAAAGUUAUUUGUAGCAUUACUGAACAUGUCCCAUUUGAGCUAAAACCAUCUAUUCAGGAAAACAUGUACUCUCUAGUUACUAAAGGCUGUUUGGACAGGGAACUCGUCCAAAGUUAUAAUAUCCUAAUAAAAGCUACAGAUUUAGGACAGCCCCCACUAUCUACAUUUAAAACACUGCACGUGCAAGUAUCUGAUGUUAAUGAUAACUCUCCAGAAUUUGUUCAAAAUCCUCUGGAACUAUAUUUGUUGGAAAAUAAUGUCCCUGGUACGUCAGUGAUUUCUGUGAGCGCUUCGGACAAAGACCUAAAUGAAAAUGCUAUGAUAAUGUAUCAUAUCAUAAGGGAUGGUAGACAAAAGGAUAUGGGGACUUUCCUAAAUGUCAACUCCGAAACAGGCGUCAUCAGCGCACUACGAAGCUUUGAUUACGAAACCGUUAAAAAGUUCCAGUUCCGCGUGCUCGCUACAGAUUCUGGAACUCCGCCACUGAGCAGCAACGUCACAGUGAACGUAUUCAUACUGGAUCAGAACGACAACAUUCCAGUAAUCUUAUAUCCAGUCAGUUCUAAUGGAUCUGCUGAAGGUGUGGAGGAGAUUCCUCGCAAUGUGAACGCAGGGCAUUUGGUGACCAAAGUGAGAGCCUAUGACGCAGAUAUUGGAUACAAUGGCUGGUUAUUAUUUUCACUGCAGGAAGUGAGUGACCACAGUCUGUUUGGUUUGGACCGCUAUACUGGACAGAUAAGGACCCUCCGCUCAUUCACAGAAACUGAUGAAGCUCUGCAUAAACUGGUCAUACUGGUCAAAGACAAUGGCAACGUGUCCCUUUCAGCAACAGCGACUAUGAUGAUCAAAGUUGUGGAGCCCAAAGAGGCUUUUGCCGCUUCUGAUGUUUAUAACCCUAUAAAUGAUAAAGAGGACAAUGACAUUACAUUUUAUCUGAUCGUCACCUUGGGUUCUGUUUCAGUACUUUUUGUCAUCAGUAUCGUUGUGUUGAUUGCAAUGCAGUGCUCUAAAUCUACAGAUUAUUCCUCCAAGUACUUACAAGAUACUAAUUAUGAUGGGACACUGUGUCACAGCAUCCAGUACAGAUCAGGGGAUAAACGCUACAUGUUAGUUGGACCCAGAAUGAGUAUUGGUUCUACUCUAGUUCCGGGUAGUAAUGGAAAUACACUAGUGGUACCAGAUCGCAGAAGGACAUCUUUUGGAGAGGUAAGAGUUGUGAUUUCUCUGUAAUUAUUAUGAAUUGUGCAAUAAUUUAAA